AUGAAAGUAAACAAUGUCCAUCCAACAAUCAUCAUCAUCCACGAGCUUCGGAUUUCGUUCAUGCCCGUACAAGCGUAUACAACUUCCAUCGCCCUGGAAAGCCGCAAACAGCUAGACAAACUAUCCAUAGCGAGAGCGACGGAGCCCGCUCAUCCGGUUUUCGACAGUAUUCGAUGCACGCCUCGCCAGCCUUCAAGUGUACUGCUCACUCUCCCUCGCUUUCUCUCGCUCGCCUUCUCUCUCCCUCCUAUCCGCUUCCCUCACCGCGCUUCCUGCCAUGCAUCCCCAAAUUGCAAGGCUAGUCCCGAUGGCAAGUUCGUCGCCACACUGGCCGCGUCGGUCAUCACCGUUCGCUCGACGGCCACGCUCCGCAUUGUGAAUGUCGCGAGGCUGCCUCAAGGCCUUGGCGGUACCCUUGACACCCUUUGCUGGGCUCCAUCAUCCGCCAAGAUACUCGCUUCUACGGCUGAUCAGAUUCACCUCGUUUCGGCCCAAGACUUGUCCUUUCAUGCCUCCGCCAAAGGCCCCCUCUCCACAGCAGGCAGACCUGCUGCUGUCUUCUUUGGCGCCAGAGAUACCGAGGUGCUCGCCUUUUCCGCCUUUGGAUUGAAGCUCACCAUCCUCGACUUUUCCACGUCGACCAUGGUCGAUAUCUGCAACCCAAAGUUCCAUCAUCCAUUGUCGGCUGCUCAGGCACUUUCCAUUCGCUCCUCCAGCGGCCACCUGGCUCUCCUGACCCGGGCGAGCGGCAAGGACAUGGUCAGCAUCCACCACCCAGUCACCCGUCGAGUGGAAAGGUCUUGGUGUCCGGACGCCGUUGAUUGCCAAGGCCUCGCCUGGACCCCGGACGGACAGUGGCUGCUCAUCUGGGAGUCACCCGCGCAGGGGCACGGCCUACUUAUCUACACCCCCGACGGCCAGCACCUUCGGACCAUUGGCGCACCGGAGCUUGCCAAUCCUUUGGGGCGAGAGUUGCAGCUAGAAUCCGGGAUAAAGAUAUGCAGGCUCAGCCCCGACGGCCAGCUGUGUGCUGUCGGCAACCAUAGUCGUGGCGUCACGGUGCUGAGCGCGCUGACAUGGAGGGAAUCCAUGAGGCUAAUGCACCCAUCCACCAUUGUUCCCAAAGACACGCUGCAGGUAUGGCAAGAACAGCGCAGUGUCACUGGCGAAAGACACUCCUUUCUGCGGACGACACAAAUGAUCUCCCCUCCCGUACCAUCGACCGACAGCAGCUGUGCGAGUACGACACAGGUACAAGGCUGCUCACUGGUGGCGUUUGAUGCUUCCUCCACGCUGCUGGCUACGAGGCUCGACGACUCGCCAUGUACCAUCUGGGUCUGGGACACGGCCGCCGCCGAGCUCCGGGCCGUCCUCAUAUUCCACUCUAGCGUUGCCUUCAGUUGGCACCCGGCCUCCCGCGAGCUGCUCUUGGUCACCUGCCAGCAUGAGGAGGGCUCCUUUGUCUGGGAUCCGCUGAUGAAUGGUCCUGCUUCGGUGAGCGCCGCACAUUACCUGCCCAAGGCGAAAGCGAAUGCAAAGCCGGAUGCAAGGCUGCACGGCAGGCUCCCUCAGGUGGCCUGGAUCAACCGCGACACCGAAUACCCAGAACUCCUUAUGACUAACGCACAGACCUAUAUGCUUCUGUCGCUCUCCGAAGCAGACAACCCCUGGAGUCAUGAGAACGGGGGUGACUGGGAUGUUUCCAGUUCGUCGUCGGCUCAGCCAAACCACGGCGAUGACACGAUAAACCUUACUCUCGUCAACGAAGGGGACGUAUCUGUCCUUGACGACACAUUCUCCUUCAGGAAUCCUUGA